AUGGCCGGCGUGAUACGGCGGCUGGAUGAAACCGUGGUGAACCGCAUCGCGGCCGGCGAGGUCAUCCAGAGACCGGCGAACGCCAUCAAGGAGAUGAUAGAAAACUGUUUGGAUGCUAAAUCUACAAGUAUCCAGGUAGUAGUUAAAGAAGGUGGUCUGAAGCUCAUCCAGGUCCAAGACAACGGCUGUGGCAUCAGGAAAGAAGAUCUGGACAUCGUGUGUGAGCGAUUUACUACCAGUAAACUGCAAAAGUUUGAAGACCUGACGAGCAUUUCUACUUACGGCUUUAGAGGCGAGGCGUUGGCUAGCAUCAGCCACGUUGCCCACGUUACAGUAACAACUAAAACAGCUGAUGCCAAGUGUGCAUACAGAGCUACCUACAGUGAUGGCAAAAUUAAAGCUCCUCCGAAACCCUGUGCUGGAAACCAAGGCACUCAGAUCAUAGUGGAAGAUCUCUUUUACAAUGUAAAUACAAGGAGGAAAGCUUUAAAAAAUCCCAGUGAAGAAUAUGCAAAAAUCCUAGAAGUUGUUGGCAGGUAUGCCAUCCAUAACUCAGGCAUCAGCUUUUCAGUUAAAAAGCAAGGUGAUACUGUGUCAGAUGUUAGGACGCUGUCAAAUGCCUCAACAGUGGACAACAUCAGGUCCAUCUUUGGAAAUGCUGUGAGCAGGGAACUGAUAGAAGUGGGCUGUGAGGAUUCGAGUUUGGCCUUUAAAAUGAAGGGCUACAUCACCAAUGCAAACUACUCUGUGAAGAAGUGUAUAUUUUUACUCUUCAUAAACCAUCGAUUGGUAGAGUCGGCUGCCCUGCGCAAAGCCAUCGAAACGGUGUAUGCUGCUUACUUGCCCAAAGGCACCCAUCCAUUCCUGUACCUCAGCCUGGAAAUAUCUCCCCAGAAUGUAGAUGUGAACGUGCACCCCACAAAGCAUGAGGUCCAUUUCCUGCAUGAGGACACUAUUCUAGAGUGUGUGCAGCAGCACGUGGAGAGCAAGCUAUUGGGCUCCAAUUCUUCAAGGAUGUACUUCACUCAGACACUGCUUCCGGGAGCUGACUGCUCUUCCAGUGAGGGGGUAAAAUCAGCAGCAAACUCUUCUGCUGUCAGCAAAGGAGCCAGUGAUAAAGUUUACGCGCAUCAGAUGGUCCGCACCGAUUCCCGAGAGCAGAAAUUGGAUGCUUUUCUUCAGCCAGCAAACAACCCCCGAAGUACAGCUCCCAUGGAAGUUACAAUAGAAGUUAAUGCAGGGUCUCCAGAGGCUGUGGUCAGGCCACAAGAUGCUGAAAUGGAAAGUGUCAGUGAUCUAGUUGAGAUGGGUGCUGUGCAGGACACAGCGAUGCCUGGGGCGCUGAGCAAGAGCAGGCGCUCAUCUCUAGUGCCUCCUCGGAAGAGACCACGGGAAGAUGUGGACAUAGAAAUGGAGCAAGAGGACAGCAGAAAGGACAUGACUGCUGCCUGCACCCCUAGAAGAAGAAUUAUCAACUUGACCAGUGUAUUGACUCUGCAGGAGGAAAUUAGCAACCAAGCACAUGAACGGCUUCAGGAGAUGCUACAUGACCACUCAUUUGUUGGCUGUGUCAGUCCUCAGUGGGCUCUGGCCCAGUAUCAGACAAAGCUCUAUCUUCUCAACACAACAAAACUCAGCCAGGAACUCUUCUACCAGAUACUUAUUUAUGACUUUGCCAACUUUGGAGUCUUAAGGCUGUCUGAGCCAGCUCCUUUAUAUGAGCUUUCAAUGCUUGCUUUAGAGGAUCCUGUAAGUGGCUGGACAGAAGAAGAUGGCCCAAAAGAAGGGCUUGCUGAGUACAUUGUGGAAUUUCUGAAAAAGAAGACUGAAAUGUUGAAAGAUUAUUUCUCUCUUGAAAUUGAUGAGGAAGGAAACCUUACUGGGUUGCCACUUCUGAUAGAGAACUACGUUCCGCCGCUGGAAGGCCUGCCCAUGUUCAUCCUUCGCUUGGCCACAGAGGUAAACUGGGAUGAAGAAAAGGAGUGUUUUGAAAGCCUGAGCAAAGAAUUAGCUAUGUUCUACUCCAUUAGAAAGCAAUAUAUAAUAGAUGAGGCCAACCCCACAAGCUCUCAGAAUGAAGAGGCUGACUGUGGUUCAACAACAUGGAAGUGGACUGUGGAACAUGUACUUUACAAAGCUUUUAGGACUUACCUUUUACCUCCUAAACACUUUGCAGAGGACGGCAACAUUUUGCAGCUUGCUAACCUGCCUGACCUGUAUAAAGUUUUUGAGAGGUGUUAACCAAGUAGUUAUUACA